AUGACGGUGACUGACUGCGCAUACGACGCUCUAUCAUUUUCACCUUUCCCCGGGCUGCCUCUGCGACAAGUGAGGAGUCCAAAAGCCAAUGUGGUGCUCCUCGAUUUGACAGACCUCAACGAUAGUCGACAGAAUCCAUCUAUCAAAGUCGGAGAGGAUGGGAGAAUUACGGGAAAUGGCACCUUCAUUCCUAGCUUUGGGGGCGGCUCCUACGUUUCUCACUUUUAUAAGCUUAGCGCCAUGGUUAGGGUUAGCUUUCUCAGUGCAGAGCAGGCGUGCGCAAAUGCUGAAAAUGAGAUCCCAGGACCCGCGUGGGACUUUGUGCUUGUUAAACACAACGCUGAGGAUGCGUGGGGGGAAGAAAUCAGCAGUAUAACGGUACGGUUCGGUGGCGUGAACAAAGAUUUGCUCACAACAUUCUGGAGUGUCAUAUACCGCACUCCGAUACGGCUGUUGGGAGGAUGCCGACUGUUUAAUGAUUGGAUGUGGGGGAUGAACGGGGAAAGGCAUGACUUGAUGUCCAUUUAG